GAGGACAUCGUCAAAGAUGAUGGCACUGUGUCUGAUACUGGCACUUCUUGUAGAGAUGGCUGCUGCACAAUCCUUGGAAAUGCAUCUUAUUAUGGCCAAUGUUGGGGAGACUGUGACUUUGCACUGCUUCUAUAAAGGCAACCUGGCACUGUACCUUAUGUGGUACAAGCAAACAAUGGGUGACAAUCCUCAACUCUUAUCAGUCUUUUACAAGUAUAACAAGAAUGCAACAUUUUACCAUGAAUUUAAGGGUAACACUCGCUUCUCAGUGCAAAGCGGUGAAGGAAUGAAUCACCUAAAGAUCUCAGACAUGCAACUCUCUGAUUCAGCCACAUAUUACUGUGGGAACUCGUAUGCCAACCAGGUGGAGUUUGGAGCAGGAGUCAUUCUCACUGUGAAAGGUUCAGGGUCAAGACACAUGACUGUGCUCCAGCAGCCUGUGUCUGAGUCAGUCCAGCUAGGAGACUCUGUGGCUCUGAACUGUACAGUACACACUGAGACCUGUGCAGGAGGACACAGUGUCUAUUGGUUCAGACAUGGCUCAGGAGAAUCCCAUCCAGGAAUCAUUUACACCCAUGGAGACAGGACUGAUCAGUGUGAGAAGAGCCCUGAGGCUGGGUCUCCUACACAGAGCUGUGUCUACAACCUCCCCAAGACGAACCUCAGCCUCUCUGAUGCUGGGACUUACUACUGUGCUGUGGCCUCAUGUGGGGAGAUUCUGUUUGGAAACGGGACCAAGCUGGACAUUCAAGUGCCAGAACAUAACUCUCCAUUUGAUAUGAGUCCUACUGUUCUGGCCUUGGUCGUUUCCAACAUCGUUCUGGGGAUAGUGACCCUUCUACUUGUCUGGACGUUGUGCAAGAACAGAGAGAGCAGAGGGAGGACUGAUGUCCCAACGUCCCAGGGCAAUCAGAAUCAAGACAGUGACGUGUUGAACUAUGCAGCUGUCGGUUUCACCCCCAAGAAGAAGUCCUCCUCUAGAACAGCGAGAGAGAAGACCAGCAGAGAGGAUGCAGUGUACUCUGAUGUCAGAUACCUUCAGCAGCAGUGAAAUAUCACCACUGUCACAGACUACAAAAAUAAGUUUUACUAUUUGUAGCAUAAUAAAACUGCUUUUAGUAACAAAAAAUACUAUGGAAUUUUCAAUGUAACAAAUAAACUGUUGUUUUAAUAUGGUCUGUAUGCUAGAUGUAUAUAAAGAUCCUGUGACGCCUUAAAUAGCUUCACUUUUUACAGCUUUUUAUUGUAAGAAAGCAUAUGAUAGAGAAUCCCAUUU